CUGUAUGCUCUGGUGGGAAUUACUAGUAGAAGCUGAGAUGUCUCUGUUCAUCCCCUGUAGUAUGUCUGCAGUCUCUGGUCAUCUCCUGUACUAUGUCCGCAGUCUCUGGUCAUCUCCUGUACUAUGUCCGCAGUCUCUGGUCAUCUCCUGUACUAUCUAUGUCCGCAGUCUCUGGUCAUCUCCUGUACUGUGUCCGCAGUCUCUGAUCAUCUCCUGUACUAUGUCCGCAGUCUCUGGUCAUCUCCUGUACUAUGUCCGCAGUCUCUGGUCAUCUCCUGUACUAUGUCCGCAGUCUCUGGUCAUCUCCUGUACUGUGUCCGCAGUCUCUGAUCAUCUCCUGUACUAUGUCCGCAGUCUCUGGUCAUCUCCUGUACUAUGUCCGCAGUCUCUGGUCAUCUCCUGUACUAUGUCCGCAGUCUCUGGUCAUCUC